AUGACGAAGAAGACGGGGAAUGCCCCCAAGUCAAGCGUAGAACCAGCAGAUCCAUCACGGCUGCGCUCUCUCAUGCGACAAGUACCACAUUCGGUUGUGGUCAUCACAGCAAACUUCUGGGAUGCCAUACAAUACAAAAUCAUAAGUCAAGGCAUGACUGUCUCGUCAUUCAAUACUGUUCAGAUGGAACCCAAGCCUAUGAUAAGCUUCAACGUUCGCCUUCCCUCGAAGACCUAUACCGCUAUAACAAAACCGAAUACUGAGAACCAAUUCAAAGUCCACAUACUGAAGAAUGACUCCGAUGGAGCGCGUAUUGCUGACUCAUUUACAAGAGGUAACGAUCAGCAUCCAUUCGAUCUUCUGGAAGAAGCUGGCGUGUCCGUCGAGCAUGCUUCGGGGAACAUCCCGGAAAUCAACCACGAGUCUGUCAUUGCUGUUCUGUCGUGUUCACUGCUGCCUAGCAAACAGAUCAAGCUCGACAACCACCUGGUACUUGUUGCAGAAGUAAAAUCUAUUCGGCAACGAGACGUUGAUCAAAUGGGGCUGAUAUACGUAAAUCGCGCGUAUGCGGUC